AUCCCCACACGCAAAUGCUGUGCGUUACCUCACAGCCCUCACUCAGCCUACGGUUGUUUUUAGGGUUAGGGUUUAACCUCAGAGUCCGGAGAUUCUUCUUCCGCUGCUUCACUCUCUCAUCCAAUGGACCCAACAAAGAAGCGUAAGCUGGAAGAGAACGGCGUAUCCGCCGAAAUCGAUCCGUCUCUCUCGAUACUGACCCCGGAAGACGUCCGCAAAAUCGUCGACCGUAUCGACAAGGACAAGCUCAUCAAUAUCGUGGCGGCCGCCGCGGUCCGCCACUUGGACGUCCUCGAAGGCGUACGAGCCCUCGCCGACUCCGACGUCUCACAGCGCAAGCUCUUCGUCCGCGGCCUCGGCUGGGACACCAACACGGAUGGCCUCCGCAGCCUUUUCUCCUCCUAUGGCGAGAUCGAGGAGGCUGUCGUCAUCCUCGACAAGCAGACCGGAAAGUCCAAGGGCUAUGGCUUCGUCACUUUCAAGCACGUUGACGGCGCGCUCCUCGCUCUCAAGGAGCCCAGCAAGCGGAUCGAUGGUCGCGUGACCGUCACGCAGCUCGCCGCGGCGGGGAACUCUGGUAGCAACGCGAACGCGAACGCCGCCGAUGUAACGAUGCGGAAAAUCUACGUAUGGGAGGUGCCGCACGAAAUGUCUCCGGAUAAGUUGUUGUCCCACUUCAGUUCAUACGGGGAGAUCGAAGAGGGGCCUUUGGGGUUCGACAGGUUCACUGGGAAGUCGAAAGGUUUCGCGCUGUUCGUGUAUAAGACGGCCGAGGGGGCGCAGGCGGCCUUGUCCAAUCCGGUGAAGAUGAUAGACGGGAGGCAGUUGAAUUGUAAAUUGGCGAACGUGGAUGGGAAGAAAGGGAAGCAAGGGGGGCCGCCCGGCCAGGGUGGGCCUGAUGGGGUUCAGGGCCCGAUUUCGGGUACUGGGAAUGACGGGAUGGGGAUGGGGAUGGGUAUGGGAAUGGGUAUGACGCAGGGUUCGAUUCCAGGGUCGCAGUACGGCGGACCAGGAUCAAUCGGCACGUACGGAGCGUAUACUGGUGCGCCGCCUAUGGGGAAUCAUCCAUUGAACUCGUCCUCGUUGGGUGGACCGGGGUUGUCGGCUGUUAAUAACCAGGCUCCGUCGUCUUUUGGUGGGACUGCUGGGUAUGGUGCUGGACUGGGUGGGCCGUAUGGUGGGUAUGGCGGCAUUGGUGGGACUGGUGGGGGAUUAGGCGGUGCUGCUGCUGUGGGUGGAUCCUCUGCGUUGUAUAGAUUGGCGCCAAGUUCUGUGGGAAUGCCCUCUGGUGGGUAUCCGGAGAGUGCGCAUUAUGGCCUCUCGUCAUCGGCUGGGUAUCCAAGUCAGCUCCUCCAGCCAGCGAGUAACUCGCCGGUGCCAAGGGUUCCGCCUGGUGGUGGAGCAAUGUACCCUAAUGUACCGCCUUAUUUUUGAGAUGCCGGGUGCGAAUUGGCCCCUUGCCCAUAGCUCACCCACGAUGUAAAACCCAAAACCAACAGUGUGAAAUGACAACCAUUAACCAAAACCAACUCAGACGGCGAGACAGAGACUGUGACGAUGACCAGUUGGGUGUGACGGCGAUGAGGCAAUUGGAUGAGAAGUUUAAACUGAGAGGAAAAGAGAGAAAUCCUAUUCUAAAGCGAUGUCUUAUUAAAAAAAAAAAAAUUGUUGUCAUAUAUAUUUAUAUAGAUUUUUUGCGGGCUGCCCGUGGAAAUCUUGGGUGGGCUUGGUCCUGGCCUUGACCCCCAGCAACCUAGCCGCAUGCUGUUCAUUUGCCAGACUGGGGGGGGGGGGGGUGGGGCGGGGCGGAUGGGCCCCAUUGCCCACCCCUAGUUUUGAGGUCAAAGGGUGGAGCACUUAUUACGCGUUUGAGUUGUAAACUUAGACAUCCUAGGUUUAAUUUGAACUAGGGCUUUUCUUUGAUUAAUUUAAUCUUCCAUUUGUGUCGUACUCUUGAAAUCUAUUUUCUAUAACUUGUCGAGGUCAUUGUCAGAGGAAGUCUUGGCUGCUAUUCAAACAUGAUCUCACAGUACUGAACCAUGCCAAUUGCCAACCAUAUGCUAGAAAAACUCUGUUCAUACCAAAAACCAUAUAGAUUGCAUAAUGACUUUACGUCUCCCACCUUUGUUAUUUUUCUUAUUAAAAAAAACAACCCUCUUUGUAGUUGGCUGAUCCAAUUGGUAAAGCUGUAUGGAACAUACUUAAAUAUAAAUUUGUAGUUGGUUGCAAUUCCCACCUUUUCUUGGUGCUUAAGAUUUUGAGCCUGGGAUUUGCCAAAGCUUGCCUGAGUUACUAACAUUUUGCAAGUCGUCUUGAACUGAUUUUGUCAAGAGACAGACCACGACUGAGGUGCUUCUUAGAGUAAUGGCCUGAUUUUGCCCGCCCCCUUUGUUUUUGUUUGCUAACGGAAGUGUGAUCCUGUAACGCUGCUGUCUUACGUUCAAGAAUUUAUUACUGUUUAUGCUUUUAUUAUUUAACAGGCAGAGGAGAAUCAUUACCCCCCAUCGAAUUUGUUACCGUUGUGCUAAUUGUUAUUGAAUAUAUGAACUUGUUGACCCCUAUUAUAUUGGGCAUUUGACCUUAGCGAAAUUAAACACCUCAUCCAUAAUCUUCGUUAAUUUUAUUUUUGCGAAAGAAAUACGGAAUAAACUGACAUUGCAUAGUAUUUCAUGGUAGAUAUAAUUGUGUUUAAACUCUAUAGGACAUCGCCGGGGUAUACCAUGGCAAUUUGUGACAUGGAACGUGUUGACACAAAAGUAGUUUCUGUUUCUUUUUCAUUUCUUUUUUGUGAGUUUUGCAUUUUUUAGUUAUUUCUUCCAUUUCUUGUUCUUCUGUUCGGUGUGUCAAUGUGUCGGUCUUUUGGGCGGGGGGUGUGAGGCAAACAAGAGAGGCUUGGGUGCCCCGUGGAGUCUGGCCUGGCAAUUGAUCAGAGACAAGGCUAGAAGGAUGACCGAAUAUUUAGUGCUAGAAAAUGGAGAAAGUUAAGACCGUCGAUGCAUGAGUUUGAAAUAUGAUUUUUUUUUUUAAGUUUCUUCGAUUCGAACGAAGCUUGCAAAGCUGCAAAUCCCUAGAACCAAUAAGAGUGACUGCAGUCGGAACCUGUGCCCACGCUUGACGUUUAGGUAGAUUAAUGACUACAAAUGUAUUGAAACAGAGCUGCUUUUUUUUUUUAUUCAACAAAAUCCUUUUAGAUAUAGUCUACAUGUAUAAAGGCCUUAGAGUUUUGAGUGUAGAUGCAGCAUUCCAAGAAUCAUUACCCAUCCGAAAGCCCGACCACAAAAAGGGUAUAUGCCUAGUGAUGGUUCCGGUUUACAGUUUUUUUUCCUUCUCAAUGAUGUCACAGCCUCUGUUUUUAUUUUUGUUUUUGUAAAAUCGUUACGAUAAUGUAAGGGGAUUAUGCACUUUUGAAUUA